UUUGGCUUAGUUGGGAGCGCGCACCGGACCAUUCCCAAGUCCUGUUAUUUGCCGGUUCGUUCCGCGCAGUCUAUUUUGGGUUGUUUAUUUUGUUCGUUUGUUUUUACGCGCUUCCCCUUUGAAAAAUUUGUCCAAAUUCUUUAAGUUGUUCAUCUAUUAAAAGUGUUGAGCAGGUGAAUUGAUUUGAGUUUGAAAAAGAAAAACGAACCAUGAACACAAUUCUACUACUUCCUGUUUUUGGUUCUUCCUGUCACUCAACAAGCGGCCAAAUUAUCGCAGAUGGACAACACAAAUUGGAACGAAAAGAAUUAAGUGUCGUUUGAGAAAAAGUUAAAUUUAAAAUAACUAAUCGAUUUGUGUCGAGACUCGAUCCCACUCGUUUGUGCGUGUGAACAACAACUGCGUCGAAUCGAGUAAAUAUUUUAACUUUGGUUUUUCAAUAUUUUUAAGAGAAGACAUAACAAACUAAUCAACAAAUGAAUACAAGUGAUUGUUCACAUUGAAUUUCGUCGAUCCUUUUUCUACCUGAAAACAAAAUUUAACCAACUAAUAAAAAGAAAAAACCAACGCGGGUGUCGAUAGAAGACGAAAAAGGAGAAGAGUACUGUCUGAUUUCCAACCAAACUCUUGCUGGACUACAAAAUGGCUGGUGCUAACGGGUUCAUUUGUAGCUGCUUCGUCAUUUUGCUGUCCAGUUUCUUCAUCAUCGUGCUCCACCAAAUUUGUGCUGUUACGGCAACAGAACCCUCGUUUACCAAAAUUUCCACAGAUGUUGAUAAAAACAAGCAAAUCGUCGUCGUGGCUGCUGGAACAGCUCAUCCACGAUCUCUGACCGCUCCUCUUUCGUCUAGUGGCGUGGCCGUCGAGUUGGAGGAGCUCCUUCCUGAGACGAUGGAAAACGGCACCACCAAUCACAUGAUCAUCUUACAGGGCGAGACCGUCCUCCUUCCGUGCAAGGCCUACAGCCUCGGACAGCGAACGGUUUCGUGGAUUCGGCGGAGAGAUUGGCACAUCAUGUCGUCCGGCAGUCACAUCUACACGGCCGACAGCCGUUUCAGCGUCCUCAACCGGCCCGGCUCACCCGACUGGAUUCUGAUGCUCAAAUCGCCGCAACUCUACGAUUCCGGCACCUAUGAAUGUCAGAUAGCGGGCGGACAGGGACAAGUUUCGCACUUUGUCGAACUUUUAGUCUGGGCGCCGGUAGCGUCGGUCGUCGAGGGCAGUGAACACCACGUCGAAGCCGAGAGCAACAUCCAACUGCAUUGCAAACUCUACCCAGAAGCCAACAAUUUCCAUAUUAACAACAACAACGAGACCAACCGAGAACAGCAGACGGCAUAUCACCAGUUGUCGUUACCCGCGCAGGUGGUGGGUGGCAGAGCGCCGUUCGUUUGGUUUCACAACGGCCGGCCGUUGAUUCACGGCGGCAAAUCGUCGGCCGGUUUGGGGUUGGUGUCCAUUUACCUGGAAGAUGUUGCUGAAUCCAUCGCCGGAAAAAGCGACUGGAUGGCGUGGACGAGCCGUUUGGUGAUCCAGCGGGCAGAUCCAGCCGAUUCCGGCAACUAUACCUGUGCACCGUGGAGAGGAAAAUCCGCAUCAGUCAACGUCUUUGUUUCACAAGGUGAUCGACCAGCGGCGGUUCAGAGGCAGUCUGCGCUGAGAUCUUCCAUCCCACUGAAUGUACUCAUCUUUGGGCUUAAUUUUCUUCUACUUCAGAUGCCUCUUCAGGACCGAUAAUCCCUUCUCUUUCUGCUUUUCUACAAUUUGUACUUGUUCUUUUGGUUACGGUUACACAAGCCGUCAUUUUAAGGAUAAAUAAUUGUUUCAUCGUGCCCGUAUGUGUACAAAUUCUUUCCUCGAUGAAAAGUAACUCAAAUAAAAACAAU